CCUCAGGACCCUUCAACUGCAACGCACACAGACCCCGUGCCUACACAACAAGAAGUCAAUUGGCCACCAAACAAUAUAGCCACACCUGAAGUGAUUGUCAUCAGAGAAGCAGCCAGUGCCACGCUUAAUACCAGAGGUUUCAACACGGAACAAACUAGAGACAAGCCAUUGGAAACCAGUUCUUCAAAAUCCGAAGAAAUAUCACCAAAAGUUAUUGUUAAUAGCACUGAACAAAAAGGACUUGAUGAAAUUGUAACCAAAAAUAACGCAGAAAUAGAAACUAAAAACUUAGCCUUGACCAACAAUGGAUAACAAUUCGGUUAACACUACACUUGAUCACAUUAAACAUAAUGUAACAUUUUUUUAAACUAUAAAUAUUAAUCACGAUACAAAAAUUAAAAUUGGAGAAUGAAAACAUUAUAUWUCAAAUUACCUGAAA